AUGUCGAGACAGAACCACCAUGCCCAAACAGAACCACAAUGUCCAGACAGAACCAACAUGCCCAAACAGAACCACUAUGUCCAGAACAGAACCACCAUGUCAAGACACAAUGACGAGACAGAACCACCAUGCCAAGAACAGAACCACCAUGCCCAGAACAGAACCACCAUUAUCAGACAGAACAGCAUGUCCAGACAGACACACCACGCCCAGAACAGAGCCACCAUGUCCAGACAGAACCACCAUGAUCAGACAGAACCACCAUGUCGAGACAGAACCACCAUGCCCAAACAGAACCACAAUGUCCAGACAGAACCACCAUGUCCAGACAGAACAGCAUGUAUAGACAGAACCACAAUGUCCAGACAGAACCACCAUAUCCAUACUGAACCACCAUGUCCAGACAGAACCACCACGCCCAGAACAGAACCACCACGUCCAGAACAGAACCACCAUGUCCAGACAGAACCUGCCUGUCCAGACAGAACCACCAUGUCCAGAACAGAACCACCACGCCGAGAACAGAACCACCAUGUCCAGACAGAACCUGCAUGUCCAGACAGAGCCACCAUGUCCAGACAGACCCACCACGCCCAGAACAGAGCCACUAUGCCCAGAGAGAACCACCAUGUCCAGACAGAACCACCAUGA